AUAAGUAUUAAUAAUAAUUUGGGGAGAUCACAAUUGUGCUGCACACUUCUGUGGCAUUUCAAGACAAACGAUUUACUGAUCAGUCAGUGAAAUAAUCAUAGAACAACCAGUAAUGAAAGAAAACAUUAGAUAUAUGUCAGAUUAGUAAGGAAAAAGGUGAGGCUCUGUAAUGUGAUACCAAACUUUGUCAGGGGGAACAGAGAAAGAAAAAUGUAUAGUUUCUGGGUGUUAAAUUUCCAUUCAGGAAGCUCUUUAAGUGGUGUGUAACAGAAGAAGUGACUCUGAACACAAAAGAAAAGAAAAGAAAAAUGAGAACCAGUAUAUUGUCGUUGUGUUUUUUUUUUUUGUAGUUUUAUGAAAAGGAAUGGAGAUAUCUCUUUAAAAGUGUAACCUGCCCUGUCAGGGUGUAGUUUUGCAUGUGAAGAUGUGAUAUUAUUAUGCAAACAUGCUUAUUCUUGACAGUAACAUAUUUUUCCUCUCAAAAUCAAUCUACAGUUGUUGGAGAACUCUCUUGAAACUGGAUUUGAAGGGUUUGGCGAUGGAUUUGCACUAAUACGUUUUCCACUGUGUAGCUCCCCAGCAUGUUUCCUUACCAUGGGAUGACUGGUUUGUGAAACUGUGGCUUUCUGUAUUUUUGCUGAAAUGUCCUGCACAGAGGAAAUAUCUUAAACUAACAGCAUCUACAGUUGCCACCUUCACUGUUUCACAUCAACGCCAGCCAUGGGCUUCUGUUUGCCUGUGUGCAAGAUUUUGCGGAGGGGGAAAUAUUUUGUCCUGAUCCUUCUCUCGCUCUCAGUGCUGGCAUGGAUCGCAACUUUUUCAGGCGAAACAGUGAAAUCCGGUCAGAUGUCCUCCGCCACACCACAAACUCUUGUCAAAGGAGACAGUCUGAGGGAUAAACUCAACACUUGGACACCGGCACCUGAUCACCUAAAUACUCUGGCACCAAAAGUAGAAUGCCCUGAGGAGUCACCGCUGUUACAGGGGGCUGUGAAGCUGUCUUUUGAGUCCACUCUGAAACUGAAGGAUGUGGAGAGUGAAAACAAAGGAGUGGCUGAGGGCGAGUACGAGCCCUCAGACUGUGCGGCGAGGCAGAGUGUAGCCAUCCUCAUCCCUCAUCGCAGCAGAGAGAGACACCUCCUCUACCUCUUACAUCAUCUGCACCCCUUUCUGCAGAGGCAACAGCUACACUACGCCAUUUAUGUCAUCCAGCAGGCUGGUGAUGCAACUUUUAACCGUGCCAAGUUACUCAACGUCGGGUAUUUGGAGGCACUCAAGGACUACAACUGGGAGUGCUUCAUCUUCCACGAUGUGGACCUUGUUCCUGAAAAUGAUCAUAAUUUAUAUAUCUGUGACAAGCAGCCCAAACACUUGGUGGUUGGCCGGAACGCCACAGGAUACAAGCUGCGUUACAAAGGCUACUUUGGAGGAGUCACAGCUAUGACCAAAGACCAGUUUCUUCAAGUGAAUGGAUUCUCAAACACGUACUGGGGUUGGGGCGGAGAAGAUGAUGACCUUCGCAUCAGGGUUGAGCUGCAGAAAAUGAAGAUAGUGCGCCCGCCCGCUGAUGUCGCUCGCUACACCAUGGUGUUUCACAAACGGGACAGUGGCAACGAAAUAAACAAAGACAGGAUGAAACUGUUGGGACGAACACCGCAGGUGUGGAGAAAGGACGGACUGAACAGCUGCUUAUAUAAGACUUUGUCGGUAGAAAGGCUCCCUCUUUAUGUGAAUGUUACUGUGGACAUUGGUAAGCCGCAGAGUUGAGAUUUCAAACAGAAAGCCCCUGCUGUGACCAAAAACUAUUUUAUGAUAUAUUUUUUACAGUACGUUCAGGCCACUGAGUGCAGAAAAGUUAUUCCGUGUUUAAGACACCAUAUUGAGCACACAAAACGCACAUUGUUUAUAUUAGUUUACAUUGUGAAAUUAAGUUGAGCUGGUAACUACAUAUUUGCACAUUUUUGCAUAUCAUGCUGCUUCUUCAUAUUGUUACCAGCCUGCAAAGUUUUUUUUCCUUUUAAGUAAUGAUUCGCUUUGGUCACAUAAAGAAGUGACUGCCAUCCUGUAGCCAGAUUUCGAUUAAUUUAUGCAAAUGUCUCAUUUUUUGCCCUUAUUUUGUAGUACUUUAUAAAACGUUCUAAAACGUGCACACAUGGACAAUGUGUAUUUUGUGCGCUUCAUUCUGUGGCUGCAUUGACUUUUCUUUAAAAGCCCCUACAGACACAAGCGUCAUCGCUUAUUUUGCCUCAUUAGACCUUGUCUGAAGACUGUCUGGGAGGCACAGAUUAAUGACUGAUUAAUUCAUUUAUAUCUCCCUUUUAUUGCUAUUUUAAUAUUUCUUUGAUCAUGUAGUGACCUCACACAUUUCCCAGAAGUCUUAUCAGAUAACUGAUAACAGUUAGGUUACUGUCUAUGUGUCAGUCGGAUAUAGAGGAACAAUACAGUUUUGCAUCACAUGUACCUUGGGUGCAGAAGAAGCAAAGGCUCAAGGACCACUGAAAAGCAAUAAUAAUAAUAAUAUGGAGGGCUGGUCUUAUCAAGUGAUAUUCAAUUUAAAUAUGUCAUUGUGAAAAGUGAUCAUGCAUAUUGAUAUUGGCCAACUAUUAAGAGAUUAAAAUUAUUUCUGCGCUUGGGAUUUAGUAGGCACUGUAAACAUUUGACUGCACUAGAAUUAACCUACAUUAUUAUUAGUUCUACACUAAUAGCUUGGGCUGCCUAAUGUGAACUGACUUUAUUUCCAGAACUUAAAAAUAUUGACUAUCUUUGGAUGAACAUUUUUUGUCUUAAAAAGUAGUUUUGUGAGCCAUUAUGACAAGAUAUGAUUUCUUAUGUUGCAUGUUUUUGUCGUUUGUUUGUUUUUAACUACAAGGCCUUACAUGCUUUUUUAAGCAGGUAUUAAUGGGUGGUGGAUUUUUAUUUAUUACCUUAACAUUUUUAAUGAUAAUUGUAGUCUUUUGAGACCAAUCAAUAUAACUUUUUUGUAUUGUUAUCAUAUCUGAAGAAAUUUCAGUCUAGAAAAAGCUGCAUACUUAUGCUUUUGAUCACUGCAUGCUGCCUAGAAAUGUCUGAUACACUCAUAUCAAAUGUGUUAAAUGAUUUUAUUUUACUUAAUUUAUAUUUUGAAGGUUGAGUAGCUGCUGGUAUAUUACAACUACAAUAUGUUGUGUGUUUAUCUGACCAGAAAAUACUACAUCUUUAAAGAAUGAGCAAUAAUACUGACUGAAUGACAAAUCUGGUUACAGUUUACUUGAGUCACUCCUCUUUGUGUUUUAAAUUUCCACAACUGUUGGACCAGAGCUUCAUAAUAACUACAGGUUAAUGAACUGAAUCUGCAGUCUGCUGUAGCCUCGAUGACGCUCUUGAAUGAGAGUUACAUUGGUGCAGAUACAUAUUUCAGUAAAUGUGAUCUAGGUUGUUGGUGGCCUGACCGUCCGUUCAGUUCUUGGUCGCAUCUCACACAUAACUGAAUGUUUUUGGGUUGUUUUUCUACUGUGGGUUGAAAACUUUUACAUGUAAAAAAAUAUUGCUUAACUAUGACUUCUCAAUGGGAUUUUAUAAAAUGAUCAAAACCAAGAAAAUUUUGGUAAUAUUGUAGCAUCAAACAUCUCACAUUUUUUAUUUGUACUUUAUAUAAACCAUUGUAUGAAAUUCAAAGUGAAAUUCAUUUUGACUCUUCGGGAAUGUAACUUGGUGGAUUUAUUUUGAAUGUGUUUAUGUUGAUUUGAGAUGAUUUGUCUUUUUUUGUGUAUGUGUGUUGAUGUGUGAGGAGAUGUGAGGAGACGUGCGUUUCACUUCUAAAAGGAUUAUUUUCUCUUUAGGACAUGUACAAUAAAUAGUAUUUUUUCUUAUGAA